AUCACCUCGGUGUCCUUGAAAAAACCCUAAUCUCCAGAGCCGUCUGAGCAGUAACGUCAAAGGAGCAGCCAUGGCUAGAAUAAAAGUUCAUGAGCUGAGGAACAAGUCGAAGACAGAGCUUUUGGCUCAGUUGAAGGAUCUGAAGGCGGAGCUUGCUCUUCUCCGUGUUGCGAAAGUCACCGGUGGUGCUCCUAACAAGCUAUCCAAAAUUAAGGUGGUGAGGUUGUCGAUUGCACAGGUUUUGACUGUCAUCUCACAGAAGCAAAAGUCAGCUCUUCGGGAAGUUUACAAGAACAAGAAGUACUUGCCUCUUGAUCUUCGCCCCAAGAAAACUAGGGCAAUUCGUAAACGUUUGACUAAGCACCAGGCAUCCUUGAAGACCGAGAGAGAGAAGAAGAAGGAGAUGUACUUCCCCAUAAGGAAAUAUGCUAUCAAAGUGUAGGAUAAGAUCUAGUUUGAGAUUUUUGUUUUUGGAUCAAAAUUAUUUGUUGAACUUAUCAGCAAUACAAAUUUUGUUUUGCGUUGUUUCGUCUGCCGCUCUUGACAUUUGAUACAUGACUCUGUUGGGAAUAUGACUUUUAUGUUGAAUGUCUGUUUGUUGUUA